GCAAAAGAAUACUCACACACACACACGUCCAACGUGUAUCUUGAGUAGAAAAAAAAUACUAUUAUAGUCAGUAUUUAUAUUAGUACAAAAGACCAUCCAUAUUGCUAUCACCACUACUCUGCUUAUUAGCUGUAAUGUUUUUACAAGAGCAAAAAGUUUAUUUUGUAAUGUCAGACUCAGUUUUUUUUAAAAUGCCUUUAUGCAGGUAUGAAUAUACUUUUUAUUAAAUCAAUAUUUCUGCAUUAAAAUUAUUUUGUAUUUGUCUGAUGUAAUAUUACAACAUUGAAUGUUGUAUUGUAAUUACCUGGAAACAUGAAGUCAUAAUUCAGAUUAAUAUUUUCUUGAAAAUUUCCGUUUGUUUGUAAUUAAUCCAUACAGUGUGUUUCAGUUAAUGAAUUUUUACUGAAGUAAACAGUAAAACGCUAAUUCAUUGAAUGUAUUUGUAUAUAAAAAAAAUAGGCCAGUAUGACUCAAUCCGGAACAUUAAAAGUAAACAUUAUUCGGGUAAAAAAAGUUUUAGAAAAAAAAAUUAAACAGCUCCCUGUUGUAGUUGCAUUUCCUUCCUCUGGGUGGCGGCAUUACAUAAAAGCAGGGUUUGUGGGUCAGAAGAAGAGAAGCGACCAAUCAGCGCCGAGUUUGUGUUUUUGAAUCGGUCUGUUUUGAACGUAACGCGGUUGAUGUCAGUUCGGGGGAGAACAGCUUUAUUCAUCAGAUUUGAAACCUUGGUUCAAGUUGGCUGUUUAAGUCUGGAAGGUAAAGUAUUUUAAGACUAUAUAUCGCUCGUGUUUUAAAUGAUUGCAGUUAAAUAUUCCUUGUAGUAUAAUUGGUUGUUCGUUAACGGACUCCGUUACAAGAAAACCAACUUCAGCUAACGUAAGUUUUCCAUAACAGACGUGUUUUAAUGCUCUCUGAACGUCUUUAGCUGCGUUAUACUCUACUAUUAUUGUUCUAAACACAUCAGUAAUCUAAAGAUAUCACACUAUGAAUACGUGUUAUAGCAUUUAGUAAGUGUUUAACAGGUUCUGAUUAUCUGCCUGAUCACUGACAUCAGAAGCUAGCUUAGGGUUAGGUUUAAGAUUUCAAGAUUUCUGUGUAAAUAAUGAACGCCUGCUAAACAAUGUAAAUAAACACAGUAAAUAUGGUAAAACGUAUAAUAGUAUCAGAGGCCGGUGUUGUUUAUUAAAACAUUAAAUGCUAAUAUUUAAUAUGAGCACUAAGCCAGCAACAGACUAAAAAUAAGUAAAUAGUGACUUAAUUAAUAAACAUUCAGAUAAACGCAUAUAAAAGUAAUGGAUUAUGAAAAAAACAAAUUUGCACAGUAAAUCGAAGUCUUAGAUUUACUCUUCUAUUCACUCCUAAAUGUAAAACAUUUUAAUUCAGAUAAUUAUAAUUGGUCUAAUGCUAUUUAAGAUAACAUUUGAUAAUUAGAAAAAAUUGGAUAUGAUGUGACUGAAUUGAUUUUUCCUUUAUAAAUAACCAUGUCAUAUUUUGUGAGUUUGUACUAUUAAAAAUAAAAUAAACUGAGCUGAAUUUACUUGUCUUUAUGAUGAAAAAGCAUAUGGCGGUAGUGGGAAAUAAAAACUCCCUUUUAGAAGGAAUUAAUGUUGAGCAGAACCUGGCUCAGUUGAGUUUUAAGAGGACUUGGACACAAAAAUCACAGAAGCACUGGCCUUCAUGGGAGUAUUUACACUGUAAACGAAAAUACACUUUUACCGUGAAAAGAAAGAACUGGGGUAAUGGCAGCAGCUGUUAAAUGGCUUGUUGUAGGAGUGAACCACGACUAAACAGAGAAGCAUUAAGCAGUAUUGCAGCUGCAAUGGAAUUCUUUGGUGUAUUACGUGAUUGAGAAUUGAUUGGGGAUGUAAAAAAAUAGAUUAUUAUUGUUUUAAAUUUGCAGCUGAAGAGGUUGUUUAUGCGAACUCCGGAUUGAUCUUUGUGAGAGGAUGUCACAGUCCAGCAUAGAAGACUGGUCUUCCAGUAGAAGAGGCGAGCGUACUCCUCUAAGAAGCCUGGAAAAUGAGACUCCUUCAUCGAGGAUCAGGUCAAAGCCACAAUUCAGCGGUGACACAGUGAAAGCUGGCAUGGCUGACAUUCAUCUCUGUGACACACAGACCCAGUUGGGCACUGUGACCGUUCCCGUUUCCAUGGAUACUACCCAGUCUGUGUGUGGACUUGAAGAUGUCACAUUCAAAACCUUUAUUUGUUCCGGAGGUGAAGUUGAGAUUUCAGACUCUUCAGAUGGUGGAGGACAGAGUUUGAUUUUGCCUAAACAUGUGACUACUUUUACUCUUACCGCCGAAGCGGAAGAUUCAGUCGCUUCACCCAGCAGGAUGGAGCAACCCUGCGGUGAGCAUGUGGAGCAUCCAUAUUGCAACUGCAGCGUCGAACAGCCGGAUUCUCCAAUCGCCUGUGAAGCCGAUGAGGAAAAAUAUUUAGCGUGGAAGUCGUUCGCCUGUGAUGGAGGUGAUGUUAAAGUUUCAGACUCCACUGGAUUAAAGGAGGAGACGGUUCCUCUGCCCCUGGAUGACCACUGGGGUCCAGCACAAGACGACGGCACAAACUCAGCCGACUGCACCCUGCUGCUUCCAGCGCAGAGAUCAGAAAACCCCGAUGAUCCAACUCUGAAGCUGCUGAACUGCAGCGGUGGCGAGGUAGAAAUCCCAGCGGACGCUGAUGUUGCAGAUGAGACUAUUCCUCUUUCUCACAUCUGUUCUGGCUGCAACCUUAGCAUGGAUCUGAGUGUGUUAGCCAGUGAUUAUGACCUGGAAAACGGUAAAGAUCACUUAGAUCAUCCCUACUGCAAUGUAAAAUACAACUCCUCACUUUCACCAGAGGAGGUGAACACUAUUCCAGACCUACAACCUUGCAGCGCUGAAAUAAACUUGGUGCUACCUAAUGGGCAGGAUGAGAACUUCGAUUGGAAAUCAGGUGAAUCCCAGGUGUCUGAGAAGAUGUUGACUUCACCUAAAGAGAAUUACAACAAAGAACAAACGAACGACCGUCUGAAGAAUGGAGAAGUCGUGUUUGAUACUAAUCUACCACCUGAGACUAACGCAUCAUUAGUUGCGUCCGACUGCAGCCACCUUGACGCUUCGGCAGAAACUCUACCACAGCAGCAGCAGCUGGAUUCCAGAUCCUACUCCGAGGCAAAGGACAGCGCUCUGGGUUCUUUGGGUCUCUGUAACUCUGCAGAAAAAGCUACUCCUGCAUCUCCUGCUAUCUUAAAAGUCCUGUCAGAGUGUCCAUCAGUUGCCUCCGCCCUGCAGUUUCUCAGCCCCAUCAUGAAGAGAGCGUCUCUGUCCGCGCUGAAGCGCUCAUUGGUAUCGGGUCAGGACAUGUUUCUACCUGACGAUUCUGCUCUGGAGGAUGAGAAAAGCCUUUUGGCUCCUGUUAAUGUUGACUCCAUGGGGUUGUUAGCAGAGCAGCUUGAAAGCCCAAUGCCCCACCCUCUGCUUAACUCCACGGUUGUAAGUUCAAAGCCACAGGAGGUUUCUGGGAAGAAAGCGCAGCCGGAAACGGCGCCGCUGAUUCCUGAUGGCCAGUUUCAGCAGCAGCUUCGGCAGAUGGCCGAGUUCCUCAUGAUGGCAUGUGGAAAAAUGAGCGUCGCUCCUCCUGCUGCCUUCAUGGCCCCCUCAGACAGAGCGGAUCCUGCAGAGUGCCACAGUGUCUGUGUGGGCACCAGUCCACUGAAGAUGGUGGACCACAGUCUGAACACGUCGGGAAUAUUUGUGAAAAAGAGGGAAUUCUCUGUGACCGAUUCCUGCACAGCGACUGAACCACUCAUCUGGAAUUUACCUCCAGGCAGCCUGGAGAGCCUCCCGCGGCCGGAGCUGGAGCAGAGGCUGACGUCCAGCAUGAUCAUGGUGGAGGCGCUGGUCCAGCAGCUGGCUGCAGCCAGGGCGCACCGCCGCCCCUCUUCGGGCCCGGCUCCUUCGGACCUGAGAGAGAAGCUGGUUCAGACGGACCACACUGAGCUCAGUCAGACUGCGAUGUACAGAGAUCUCUACAUGGAGGCUCUGAGCCGGAUAACUGAGCUGGAGCUUGAUGGAAAUUCCCUGCAGAAUCUCGUCCAGGCUAUGCAGGAGAUGAGAGCUGCCAUGUCUUCUUUGAGCAGCGACACAGAUGUAGCUCUGUCCAGCAUGAAGAAAAUGGGCGAAACCAUCAGGGAGGACCAUCAGAACCUGGCGUCCCAUUACGAGCUCAUGAAGUCCCUGUUCGAGAAAUCAAAGGAAACUCAGAGGAGAAUCCUGGAGAAAGUGAAAGAAGUUCUUCAGCAGAGGAACAGCAUGGAGGCUCGGAUGGAAGAAGCCUUCGCGGCCAAGGAGGCAGCUUUCAGUGCGAUGGAUCAGCUGAGGACGCACUGCGCCUCUGAAGUCUCAGCUCUGGAGAAAUGUGUCGGAUCUCAGGAGGAGCUGCUAGCGGCUCUGAACCAAACCUACCCGGAUCAGGUUGCUCUGAACCGGACCUGCCAGGAAACUCUGAGCUCAGCCUCUGAUCUUCUGUCCCGAACUGCAGAGGAUCACUCCAGCCUGAUGCAAGAGCUUUGCAGCGUGCGGAGCCUCCUGCAGAAAACGGCCCCGACGCUCCUUCAGCUGAACGAGCGAGCCGCCACCGCGCUGAGGGAGAGAGACGAGCAUCGGACGGCGAGAGAGCGAGCUGCCGAAGAGAGAGAGCAGAUUGAAGACGAGCUGAAGGAAACUCACCUGAACCUUCAAACCGCCUCGCAGCAGAUCAGCGAUUUAAAUCUGCAGAUCACCAUCUUGACAUCAGAGAUGGGCGUCCUGCGGCAGAAACUAACGGCGGGAGAGGAGGAGUCUGCUCAGCUGGAGAGGAAGGUGACGGAGCUGUCGGCGACCAUUUCCUCCACGCUGGCGUCCUACGCCUUCCUGGAGCAGGCGCUCGCCGCCGAGACCGCCAACCUGCAGCAGACCUGGAAAGACUUGCAUGAAGCCAACGAAAGAGCAAAUCAACUGCAGGCGUCUCUGUCUGGUUCAGAGCAGCGGGUCGGUGAACUGGACCGGGCGCUGGCUGAGAGCGACCUGCAGCUCGGUCAGCUCCAGAACCUUUCCCAGUCUCAGACGGUUCAGAUCCAGCAGCUGCAGGAAGUCUGCACCCAGCUGGGCGGCGUGCGGGAAAUGAAUGAGUUCCUGCAGAUGGAGAAUGAGCUGGCGAGGGAGCAGGUGGCCGAGAGCGAGCGGAUGCUCAGGAGCAACCUGCAGGCGCUUCGGGAGAGAAACAUUGAGUGCGAAGACUUGAAAUCAGAAGUGUGCAAACUUCAGCUUGAGAAUCAGAGCCUGAGUGACGAGUUGGAAACGUCCCGAUGCGCAGCCGGCGCCGCUCGCAUGGAGCUGCAGGAGAAGAUGGCUGAGGCGGUCACUGAGAUUACCGUCCUGCAUCACACGCUGCGCGGUCUGACCACAGAGCUGCAGGUUUCCCUUAGCAACCAGAGGGAAGAACACCAAAAGCAGAAAGAGUCGGCCAUGUUCUCUGGUGCGGCUCGUCAUCAGACGUCCAGCUCCUUCGUCGACAACGUCAUGGUGGCUUUAACGGCCGAGAAGGAGGAAGACGUCAGAACAGACUCGACUUUAGAUGCAUCAGAGCCACAGAGUGACGCGUUUUUCAGCGAGAUGAGUGCCUUCACCCGUGUCGCAGCUCUCAACCCAAAGACGAUCUCGGACCCAGUCCAGGAUGAAGAGGAUGAAGAGGAGGAGCAGAGCAGCAUGGCGGAGCUCCUCUCCGGCCUCAGCAGAACCGUCGCAGAGCUCAUCAGCACGCUGCAGCAGGCUCAGUGCUGCAGAGACGCGCAGCUGCAGGAGCUGCACAGCACCAUCGGUGGCCUGCAGAUGGAGCUGCAGACCUCAAGCAGCAGUCAUCAAGCUGAAGUCCUUGAGUUGAAGCAGGAGUUGAGGUGCCUCAGCAGCCUGGUGGAGAGAGGAAAACAGGCUCUGCAGCACAAAGCUCAGGAAGAGAAAACUUUGACGAAGCUGAUGGAAGAUGUCCAAGAGGCCCAGGAGAUUUUAAGAAAACACAAGAGCGACAACAAUGAGUUGCGAAGGGAGGCGGCUGAGCUGCGUCGUGCCCUGCAGCAGUCCAGAGUGGAGUCCCAGUUCCUGCGGGAGGAGCUGAGGAGAACCGGCGACCCGGCGGCGGCCCCAGCUCACCACAUGGAGGAGAAGAUCCAGCUGCUGAAGGAGGUGGAGAAGCUUAAGGCCAGUCUACAGGAAGCAGAGCAGGCCAAAUUUAAACUCCUGGAGAGAGCCAAGCGGCAUCAAAUCAUCCAUCAGACCAACCAGCAGAAGUCUGAGAAUGAGCUCCAGAUUUUAAACCACAUGAUCAAUAAAGUCAGAGAGACUCUCCUCUCGCUGCCAGAAGUGGUGAAACGUUGCGAACAGCUGCAGCGGCUGGUGGAUUACAUCGGCUGAAGCGUUUCUGGUUGUCGACACGUGUUUAGAUUAUUUAUGUUUUUUGUGUUCAUUGACUUGUUUUUAAUCUUUAGAAUGAUUAAAAUAUCUUAACAUGUCAUUUCUUUUGUCAAUAAAUGAAAUAUCAACAAUAUGAACAUUAAAUGAACAAUCUUGA